AUGCGGGAGCUGCGCGGGGCGCGGGCGGCUCUGGCGCUGCUGCUGGCGGCGGCGCUGGCCCCGCGGUCGGCGCGGCCGCAUCCACAGUGCCUGGACUUCAAGCCACCGUUUCGGCCGCCGCGGGGCCUCGCCUUCUGCCGCCGCUAUGCCGACUUCGGCUGCUGCGACCCGCGCCGUGACCGCGCCCUGCUCCAGCGGUUCUACCGCGUCAGCGGCCACCUCGACGGACCCACCUACGCCGCCUGCGCCGGGCACCUACAGGACCUGCUUUGCCAGGAAUGCUCUCCAUAUGCAGCUCACUUGUAUGAUGCUGAGGAUCCCUCCACCCCUGUGCGGACGAUACCAGGACUUUGUCAAGACUAUUGCCUGCAAGUGUGGCAAAAAUGCCGCUCCAUUUUUCGCUAUCUCUCUGCAGACAAAGAGUUAAUUGCACUGGAGAAUAACAUGGCAAAAUUCUGCCACUACCUGGCUUUGGAGGACACAGACUAUUGCUUUCCACACCUGCUGGCUAACCAGAACCUUAACCAAAACCUUGGGUUAGUGACAGCUGAUGCAGAGGGCUGUCUCCAGCUCUGCCUCAUGGAGGUCGCCAACGGGCUGCGCAAUCCUGUUGCAAUGGUGCAUGCCAACGAUGGCACCCACAGGUUCUUCAUUGCAGAACAGGUUGGCCUGGUGUGGACCUACCUUCCUGAUCGAUCCAGGCUUGAAAAGCCAUUUCUGAACAUCAGUGAAGCUGUACUUACCUCACCUUGGGAAGGAGACGAGAGAGGUUUUCUAGGUAUUGUCUUCCACCCUAAAUUCAAAUUCAAUGGUAAGGUCUAUGUCUACUAUUCAGUUGAAGUUCAUUAUGAAGAGAGAAUCCGAAUCAGUGAGUUCAGAAUUUCUCCUGCUGACAUGAAUGCUUUGGACCAUGGUUCUGAAAGGAUAAUCCUGGAAAUAGAAGAACCUGCUUCCAACCAUAAUGGAGGACAGUUGCUCUUUGGAGAUGAUGAGUAUCUCUACAUAUUUACUGGAGAUGGAGGCAUGGCUGGGGAUCCUUUUGGAACCUUUGGAAAUGCCCAGAACAAAUCAGCCCUUCUGGGCAAAGUGCUGCGUAUCGACGUGAACAACAAUGACCGUGGGCCUCUGUACCGAAUCCCUCCUGACAACCCUUUUCUUAAUGACCCUAAGGCUCGCCCUGAAGUUUACGCUUAUGGAGUGAGAAAUAUGUGGCGCUGCUCUUUUGACAGGGGCGAGCCUCACACCAAGGAAGGGAAGGGGCGGCUCUUCUGUGGAGAUGUGGGGCAGAAUAAAUACGAAGAAAUCGACAUUGUGGAGAAAGGGAAAAACUAUGGCUGGAGGGCGAGGGAAGGCUUCAGCUGUUACGAUAAAAAACUUUGUGCCAAUUCUUCAAUGGAUGAUGUACUUCCAAUUUAUGCGUAUCCACACAAAAUGGGGAAAUCUGUUACUGGAGGCUAUGUCUAUCGGGGUUGCGAGUCUCCAAACUUGAAUGGCCUGUACAUAUUUGGUGAUUUUAUGAGUGGGCGCCUGAUGUCUUUGAAAGAGGAUCGUGCUACCGGAGAGUGGCAGUACAGUGAAAUCUGCAUGGGAAAGGGACAAACCUGCAUGUUCCCUGGGCUCAUCAAUAACUAUUACCAAUACAUCAUCUCUUUUGCUGAAGAUGAAGCAGGGGAACUUUACUUCAUGUCUACUGGCACACCAAGUGCCACGGCUCCCCAUGGAGUUGUGUACAAAGUGGUGGACACCUCUAGGAGAGCACCACCAGGAAAAUGCCAAGUUGAGCCAUUGCCAGUGAGAGUAAAAAGCAAGCUCAUCCAGUUUGUGCCAAAGGAGAAGUUUAUUAUGAAAACACCAACCCCACAUCCCCAGCUGAAGGCCAUGACUGAGGCCCCACAGGGAGGCAGGUCAGACCCUGCAGCCCCCCCAUCACCAUCUGUGGAUUGGGUGGGCCAAGCCCCGCCACUGCCAGGGAACCAAAGCCAGGUGUCCACCACACUAGCACCAAGCAGCAAGACCCCCAAGCCCAGGAAGGGAGGACAGAGGAGGGGACAGCGCAGAAAGAAGAAAACCCCCAGUACAGCCCUGCCACUGCGAAAUGGCACUGUGCGGCUGAUGGAGCAGCAGGGCCGUGGCCAGAGCCAGGGUCGAGUGGAGAUUUACAUCAACGGUGAGUGGGGCACAGUGUGUGAUGAUGGCUGGAGCUCAGGCGCUGCUGCUGUGGUGUGUCGCCAGCUGGGCUUCCCUUACAUGGUACGAGCCAGCAAGAAAGCAGAAUUUGGGGAAGGGACCUCCCUUCGCAUUCUCCUGGAUGAUGUCCAGUGCUCCGGGCAGGAGAAGACACUGCUGGAGUGUGCCCAUGCUGAUGUUGGCACACACAACUGCUCCCACGAGGAGGAUGCUGGUGUGGUGUGCAGCCGAGAGGAAGUGGCAGACUGGUGA